CUUCCAUGAAUUACUCUAAAAUGUCUUUUACCUUCUUUAACCCUUUUUAUAUUUCCCUUUUUUUGUAAAGAUUGAUUCUUUUGAUCCUCAUUUUUUUACCCUUUUUUUCCUCUCCAUCUCUCUCAAUCUUAAUAGUUUCAACUCCUUCUGAUUCAUCAUCGAAAACCCAUUUUUUCUCAUCUAUUAAUUGUAAGAAUUAAACAAGAACUUUUUUUGUUUUGGUGGUGAAUUCUUGAAGCAAAAAGAAAAAAAAUAAGGGGUGAUGAUGACCAUGGAGGGAAUGAUGGAUCAAGCAGUGUUGGAUGAUAUAAUACGAAGGUUAUUGGAGGGGAAAGGAGGCAAACAGGUCCAACUUUCUGAAGGAGAGAUCCGUCAACUUUGUAUUAAUGCUCGUCAAAUCUUCAUUUCUGAGCCUAAUCUGCUUCAGAUUAAAGCUCCCAUUAGAAUCUGUGGUGAUAUACAUGGACAAUACCAAGAUCUGUUGAGGGUAUUCGAAUACGGUGGGUAUCCUCCGGAUGCAAACUAUUUGUUCCUUGGGGACUAUGUUGAUCGAGGCAAGCAAAGUUUGGAGACAAUAUGUUUGCUUUUAGCCUAUAAAAUAAGAUACCCCGACAGGAUUUUUCUCUUGAGAGGGAACCAUGAAGAUGCAAAGGUGAAUCGGAUUUAUGGGUUUUAUGAUGAGUGUAAAAGGAGAUUUAACGUUAGUCUUUGGAAACUUUUUACCAACUGCUUUAACAAUUUGCCUGUGGCUGCACUCAUUGAUGAGAAGGUACUUUGUAUGCAUGGAGGGUUGUCUCCUGAUUUGGAAAAUGUGAAUCAGAUCAAGGAAAUCGAGAGGCCGACCGAAGUGCCCGACGGUGGACUUCUCUGUGAUCUUCUUUGGUCCGAUCCUAAUCCCAACGUCGAGGGUUGGGCGGACAGUGAUCGAGGCAUUUCAUGCACCUUUGGAGCCGAUGUUGUUGCCAAGUUUUUGGAGAAGAAUGACCUUGAUCUCAUUUGCCGAGGCCAUCAAGUUGUGGAGGAUGGGUAUGAGUUUUUUGCUAAUAGGAAAUUAGUAACAAUAUUUUCGGCCCCAAACUAUGGUGGAGACUUUGACAAUGCUGGCGCUCUAUUGAGUAUUGACGAAGCUCUUGUUUGCUCCUUUGAGAUAUUGAAACCAGCAGCAAUAAGCGGAAAUAAGGUUCCUCUAAAGAAGCCACAGAAGAUCGGCACGACCUGAUGAAGCAGUUUCCGGAGGUGGCGUCGUUGUUCAGCACAAAUACGAAAUACCGACAAGC